UUGCCCUGAGUGAGUCAGUGGGCAGUUCAGCCAGUCAGGGGAGUGCUGUAGCCACUGCCCCCCAGGCCAUGGGGUGGAGUAAGUUUGGAUGGAGGACACCGUGCCAGCCUUGUCCCUGAGGUGAUCAUGGAGUGCAUAGAGGUUUCCCCGGAUGCCUGUUGCCUGUGCCAUUCCUCCAGUAGACUUACAACUACGGUACAUACAUAUUGAUAAUACUGUGAGAUACAUUCAAAUCAACUAUACCUGUAUGUUCCAGGAACGUUCUCCCCAUCAGACGGUCUCUCCCCGUGCCUCCCCUGUGCCCGCUGCCCGGCUGGCAUCCCAGAGCUGGCCUCCUGCAGCGCCACCCUGGAUACCCACUGUGACUGUGACGAGCACUUCUACCUAUGGCGGGAUGGGACGAGCGUGGCGGGGCUGUGUGCCGCCUGCACUAUGUGCGGGCGAGGCGAGGGGGCGGUGAGGCUGUGCGGUGCCCAGGGGAACACCCAGUGCCAACCAUGCCGCCUGGGAACGUUCUCAGAGGAGAAGAGUAAUACCAAGCCCUGCCAGGCAUGCUCUCAAUGCUCUGACACCGAGGUGGAGAUCAGAGCCUGCCAGCUCAACUCUGACACCCUCUGCAUGGGUGAGUCUCUGUGUGUGGUGUGUAUGGACUUAUAGUUGACUGGGGCAGCUCUAGCAGGGCAGAAAUUUGACGAACUGACUUGUUGGAAAGGUGGCAUCCUAUGACGGUGCCACGUUGAAAGUCACUGAGCUCUUCAGUAAGGCCGUUCUACUGCCAAUUUUUGUCUAUGGAGAUUGCAUGGCUGUGUGCUCGGUUUUAUACACCUGUCAGCAAAGGGUGUGGCUGAAAUAGCCGAAUCGACAAAUUUGAAGGGGUGUCCACAUACUUUUGUAUAUAUAGUGUCUGUUUCCCAUUCCAAUAAAGCACCUUAGAGAGAGAGAGAACAUGUGUCCAACACCUGUACCCACACCUAAUCUGAACACUUAGCAACACUCUUGAGGAAACAUGAGCACAGUCCAACAGAGAAAAAAACACUCUUAAGUGCUGCAGUCAAAUGGCUCGGAGCCGACAGCUCUUAAAUUGGGCCUAACAACCUAACUACCCCCAGACCAGACCCCAGGGCCUUGGCACAACGGUGACCCCAAUAUGGUAACCCCUCACUGGGCUCCAAAUGACCAAGCCUUUGCCUAGUGGCCUGGAUCUCCCCAGGAGUCUGGUCAUCUGAACACACACAGGUCACCCCAUCUGACCCUGUGGAGGUCAGGGGAGUCCCCAGCAGUGUUUGAUCCUAAAAUAGGCUGGCUGUAGAAGGGGUUUGGGGGGGGAGCUGACUGGGUCAGAGGGGGCUGGUAGCUGACUGGGUCAGAGGGGGCUGGUAGCUGACUAGGUCAGAGGGGGCUGGUAGCUGGCAGGGUCAGAGGGGGCUGGUAGCUGGCAGGUUCAGAGGGGGCUGGUAGCUGACAGGCCCUCACAGACUACUGCUGCUGGAUUAUUUCAGGCAACAAGGUCAUUAUUCAGAUAGUUAGUAGUGUUACCAAAUAUCUUUACAGUGUGUCUGUGUCUCUGUCUCUGUCUCUGUGUCUGUCUGUGUGUUUGUGUCUGUCUGUGUCUCUGUGUCUGUCUGUGUCUCUGUGUGUGUCUGUGUCUCUGUGUCUGUCUGUGUCUCUGUGUCUCUGUGUCUGUCUGUGUCUCUGUGUCUGUCUGUGUCUCUGUGUCUGUCUGUGUCUCUGUCGGUGUCUCUGUGUCUGUGUCUCUGUGUCUGUCUGUGUCUCUGUGUGUGUCUGUGUCUCUGUGUCUGUCUGUGUGUUUGUGUGUCUGUGUCUGUCUGUGUCUCUGUGUCUGUCUGUGUCUCUGUGUCUGUCUCUGUGUGUUUGUGUGUCUGUGUCUCUGUGUCUCUGUGUCUGUCUGUGUCUCUGUGUCUGUUUUUGUCUGUCUGUGUCUCUGUGUCAGACACACAGACAGACACAGAGACACAGAGACACAGACAGACACAGAGACACAAACAGACACAGAGACACAGACAGACACAGAGACAGACACAGAUACACAUACAGACACAGAGACACAGACAGACACAGACACACAAACACACAGACAGACACAGAGACACAGACACACAAACAGACACAGAGACACAGACAGACACAGACACACAGACAGACACACAAACACACAGACAGACACAGAGACACAAACACACAUACAGACACAGAGACACAGACAGACACAGAAAGACACAGACAGACAGUGUGUGUCUGUCUGUGUGUUUGUGUCUCUGUGUCUGUCUGUGUCUCUGUGUCUCUGUGUCUCUGUGUCUGUCUGUCUCUCUGUGUCUGUCUGUGUGUUUGUGUGUCUGUCUGUGUGUCUGUGUCUGUCUGUGUCUCUGUGUCUGUUUGUGUGUCUGCAUCAACUGUAGGUAUGAAAGCCCUCACAUUUUAUACGCUGUCAUUGACUUAUUAUCAACAACAAAAAACAUUGUGCCAAUGGUAGAUGUGUCGAGGCUUGAUUAGAUGUUGAGACAGGUAUAAGGACAGGGCAGAUAUGUCAUUGAUAAGAUGUUGAGACAGGGAUAAGGACAGGGCAGAUAUGUCAUUGAUAAGAUGUUGAGACAGGUAUAAGGACAGGGCAGAUAUGUCAUUGAUAAGAUGUUGAGACAGGGAUAAGGACAAGGCAGAUAUGUCAUUGAUUAGAUGUUGAGACAGGGAUAAGGACAGGGCAGAUAUGUAAUUGAUUAGAUGUUGAGACAGGGAUAAGGACAGGGCAGAUAUGUCAUUGAUUAGAUGUUGAGACAGGGAUAAGGACAGAUAUGUCAUUGAUUAGAUGUUGAGACCGGGAUAAGGACAGAUAUGUCAUUGAUUAGAUGUUGAGACAGGGAUAAGGACAGAUAUGUCAAGUGGCCUCCUUCUCUCUUUAGUGUUUCCUUCAUGGUUCAGUGGUUCUCUAAUCAACAGUCUCCCAUCUCUCUCCACCUACAGAUAAGAAGCUCCACAUCCUGUCUCGUCCCCCUGAGUCUGACGGCCCUCUGGCCGCUCCUCGCCUGCCUGGGUUAGGGUUGGUGGAUGAUGACGAGGAGGGGGACGAGGCCAGCCCUGCCCCUGGAGGAAGAGCGGCCCCCGGGGGCCCCGGGUUCACCCCUCAGGAUGAUGGGAGCAGGAACAACAUCCUGGUCUACGUUUCUGUUCUGGCUGCCGUGGUGCUGGGCCUGCUGCUCUACGUCGCCUACAAGUGGUGAGUUCACAGGAGACACGCUGCAGUCUCAUUGGCUGCCUCCUGAUUCUCCUCACUUCUCCCAAAUGGAUUUUGAAGCAUUGCAUUGGUGUAAGCAUUGGCUAGAGGGAGUUUGCAAGCCUUUCGAUUGCCGUCAUGUAUUUCUGUUCUAGGUUGUGAUAAAAUGAUCCUGUUGUUAUGUUUAGUAAAGAGUGUAAAAGUGUUUCCUCCCAUCUCUCGUCAGCUGGACGUCAUAUAAGCAGAAGCAGGCGUUGAGUAAAGCCCGUGCUGCAGAGCUGGGGACGACUCCUGAAGGAGAGAAACUCCACAGUGACAGCGGAGUGUUCCUGGACUCACACAGCCUGCAGGAUAGCCAACCAAGCAAAGGUAACAACAAACAGCCAUCUGUGGUUCUCUGUAGCUCAGCUGGUAGAGCAUGGCGCUUGUAACACCAAGGUAGUGGGUUCGAUCCCCAGGACCACCCAUACACAAAAAAAUUAUUAUGCACACAUGACUGUAAGUCGCUUUGGAUAAAAGCGUCUGCUAAAUGGCAUAUUAUUAUUAUUAUUAUCAAGACUACAACAGAAUCGGCUUCACUGCACUACACUUUUACUUGAGUGAGAACAGAGGCCCAAGUUGAAUAUAUGUUCUAAUCUCUCUCAAUGUACAGCACAUUUGGCAUUUAGCAGAUACUCUUAUCCAGAACAACUUACAGUCAGAGGUCUUUUCUAACUGGCUUUUCUCAUCUAUUAUAACUGUUGAAUGGAGUUGUGACUAUCUGUGUCUGUUGUUGUGUAUUCUAACCCCCCCCCCAGGUAGUAAGAGGGACAGUAAGCAGGACAGCCGGCUGUACAUCAACCUGCCCCCCCACAGACAGGAGGAGGUGGAGCGUCUGCUCCAGGAGGGGGGCGAGGGCCGUGGAGGCUCCUGGAGGAUCCUGGGGACAGCGCUGGGUUACGAGCCCGAGCAGAUGGACCUGUUUGGGCGCGGCGAGGCCCCUGUACACACCCUCCUCUCCAACUGGGCCCAGCAGGAGGGCUCCACCCUGGGACUGCUGUGCUCAGCGCUGGCCCGCAUCGAGAGGCCCGACGUGGCCGCCGCUCUCACCUGCCCUGGCCAUGGGGUGUCUGUGGUCUGAGGGGGGGAAGCCAGGUCUGCGUCCCAAAUGGCACCCUAUUCCCUAUAUAGUGCACUACUGGUAAGUUAAUGGUAGUACACUAUGGGCCCUGGUCAAAGGUAGGGCACUACAUAGGGAGCCACGCAGCCCCAGAGCCUUCCUCAGCCUUCCUCAUGAGCCUGAUAAGACUGGGUCGCGUUCAUUACAAACCAAAACGGACUGAAUCAGGGAGGGACGACCUGAACUUGAACCAGUUGUUUUCGUUUACCGUUGUGAAAACCUACUGCUGCGGUGUGUACUAAUGAAUAUGACCCUUGUGGACUUAGGAGAGGAUGGAUUGGGCAAACAGCCCUCCUUCUCUCCCAGUGGGAUAGCAUGGCAUGCCAGGGGAGGUACUCUUGACUGCCCCAUAACGCCUCAGAAAUUUGAACUGAAGAGGGCAGUGGAAGUGUUGUUGCUGGUUCGUUGGGCUGGUUCAUCCUCUAUUGGAAAUGUACAGUAUAUCCACCAUCCUUCCAGUAUAUAUAUUAUUAUUUUUUACCAUACUUGUGCAUAGUCUGCCCAAGCGUUCUAGGAAUGGGCAUUUAUUUGCAGCAAUGUCAGGAGGAUCCACUCUCUUUCCUGAUUUGUUUUUCAGCAAUGUGAGGAGGAUGCACAACAGCUGACUGUAACUAACUGAACAGGCAUGGGAACGAGAUACUCUGUGGAACAUUCUUUAGAACAUGGACUAUGGAAUAAAGGCAUUCUGUUCAUAUUAACAAUCAGUCAUGAAUUUUAAGACCAUUGUAAAUAUUUGAUCAUAGAUUCAUUGUAAUAUAGUGUUAGAAAGGUUUUCAAGCAUGAAGGGGCAACCGCGAACAUAGUUGACUGAAGCAACAUAGCAUACAUGAUGACUCUCUCUCUCAGCUCUUAGCCACUCUCUCUUAAAGACAUUGGGAGCCCUCAAGUCAGUAAUGUACUAUCAGCAUUGCUAAUCACUGUCUCUCUCCUAUCAUGGUUUCUGGUGUGGCUUGCUAUCCAGAACAUUAUUGUUAUGUAACAAUCAAUCACUUAUUUUUGUCUAUAUUCUAAUAUGUCAUGAUGUGUGUUUUUUGUAAGAUGUUGUUUCAUAUAAUAAAUGCUUUUGAAGGUAUGAGUGAGUGAGAGUCAAACGGUGCUCUCUGAGCUUGUUGUGUUACAUGUUCUGACAAGUACAGUGGUUUCAGUCCUACCUGAACGUAAAAGCAAGCAGCUACCUGCUCUGUGGUAGUUUAUACUGAAGAUAAUCAAUGGCCGUCUUUGUUCUUUGUUUGUUUCAGUAACUUAACAAGGGUGUGACUUGUAACAUAAAUUAAACAAGUACAGUGAGGGAAGAAAAUAUUUGAUCCCCUGCUGAUUUUGUACAUUUGCCCACUGACAAAGAAAUGAUCAGUCUAUAAUUUUAAUGGUAGGUUUAUUUGAACAGUGAGAGACAGAAUAACAACAACAAAAUCCAGAAAAACACAUGUCAAAAAUGUUAUAAAUUGAUUUGCAUUUUAAUGAGGGAAAUAAGUAUUUGACCCCUCUGCAAAACAUGACUUAGUACUUGGUGGCAAAACCCUUGUUGGCAAUCACAGAGGUCAGAUGUUUCUUGUAGUUGGCCACCAGGUUUGCACACAUCUCAGGAGGGAUUUUGUCCCACUCCUCUUUGCAGAUCUUCUCCAAGUCAUUAAGGUUUCGAGGCUGACGUUUGGCAACUCGAACCUUCAGCUCCCUCCACAGAUUUUCUAUGGGAUUAAGGUCUGGAGACUGGCUAGGCCACUCAGGAGGCCUCUUCUUGAGCCACUCCUUUAUGGCCUUGGCCGUGUGUUUUGGGUCAUUGUCAUAGUGGAACACCCAUCCACGACCCAUUUUCAAUGCCCUGUCCAUCGUCCCUUUGAUGCGGUGAAGUUGUCCUGUCCCCUUAGCAGAAAAACACCCCCAAAGCAUAAUGUUUCCACCUCCAUGUUUGACGGUGGGGAUGGUGUUCUCGGGGUCAUAGGCAGCAUUCCUCCUCCUCCAAACACGGCAAGUUGAGUUGAUGCCAAAGAGCUCCAUUUUGGUAUCAUCUGACCACAACACUUUCACCCAGUUCUCCUCUGAAUCAUUCAGAUGUUCAUCGGCAAACUUCAGACGGCCCUGUAUAUGUGCUUUCUUGAGCAGGGGGACCUUGCGGGCGCUACAGGAUUUCAGUCCUUCACGGCGUAGUGUGUUACCAAUUGUUUUCUUGGUGACUAUGGUCCCAGCUGCCUUGAGAUCAUUGACAAGAUCCUCCCGUGUAGUUCUGGGCUGAUUCCUCACCGUUCUCAUGAUCAUUGCAACUCCACAAGGUGAGAUCUUGCAUGGAGCCCCAGGCCGAGGGAGAUUGACAGUUAUUUUGUGUUUCUUCCUGUUGUCACCUUCUCACCAAGCUGCUUGGCGAUGGUCUUGUAGCCCAUUCCAGCCUUGUGUAGGUCUACAAUCUUGUCCCUGACAUCCUUGGAGAGCUCUUUGGUCUUGGCCAUGGUGGAGAGUUUGGAAUCUGAUUGAUUGAUUGCUUCUGUGGACAGGUGUCUUUUAUACAGGUAACAAACUGAGAUUAGGAGCACUCCCUUUAAGAGUGUGCUCCUAAUCUCAGCUCGUUACCUGUAUAAAAGACACCUGGGAGCCAGAAAUCUUUCUGAUUGAGAGGGGGUCAAAUACUUAUUUCCCUCAUUAAAAUGCAAAUCAAUUUAUAACAUUUUUGACAUGCGUUUUUCUGGAUUUUGUUGUUGUUAUUCUGUCUCUCACUGUUCAAAUAAACCUACCAUUAAAAUUAAAGACUGAUCAUUUAUUUGUCAGUGGGCAAACGUACAAAAUCAGCAGGGGAUCAACUACUUUUUUCCCCUCACUGUAUGUGGUCAAGUCAGAAGAAAGUAUAAUAGACUUCCAUUUAAUUCUCACCAUUAGUACUGAAUCUGAGGAGACUUCUAUUUAACUCUCACCAUUAGUACUGAAUAUUAGGAGACUUCCAUUUAACUCUCACCAUUAGUACUGAAUCUGAGGAAUAUCAUUUUAUACUAGGAAUAAGUGAAUUUGUUUUUCCACAGAAUGACCAAAGGGCACAUAUGGAGAUGUCAUAAUAAUUUACAGUUAUUAAAUGUUGGUCUUGAAUUAAUCAUAAUAUAACUCUUUGUAACCGUUCUAUUAAAUAUUCUUAAAUAAAACCGCUUGAUGGGUCACACAGUUAGGAGGUUUGGAUUUAGGAGGGUAUUUAAAGGGUUUGGGGCAGAUACAGUAUUAGGAGGGUAUUUGAAGGGUUUGGGCCAGAUACAGUAUUAGGAGGGUAUUUAAAGGGUUUGGGCCAGAUACAGUAUUAGGAGGGUAUUUAAAGGGUUUGGGCCAGAUACAGUAUUAGGAGGGUAUUUAAAGGGUUUGGGGCAGAUACAGUAUUAGGAGGGUAUUUAAAGGGUUUUGGCCAGAUACAGUAUUAGGAGGGUAUUUAAAGGGUUUUGGCCAGAUUCAGUAUUAGGAGGGUAUUUGAAGGGUUUGGGGCAGAUACAGUAUUAGGAGGGUAUUUAAAGGGUUUGGGGCAGAUACAGUAUUAGGAGGGUAUUUAAAGGGUUUGUGCCAGAUACAGUAUUAGGAGGGUAUUUGAAGGGUUUGGGGCAGAUACAGUAUUAGGAGGGUAUUUAAAGGGUUUGGGGCAGAUCCAGUAUUAGGAGGGUAUUUAAAGGGUUUGGGCCAGAUACAGUAUUAGGAGGGUAUUUGAAGGGUUUGGGGCAGAUACAGUAUUAGGAGGGUAUUUGAAGGGUUUGGGGCAGAUACAGUAUUAGGAGGGUAUUUAAAGGGUUUGGGGCAGAUACAGUAUUAGGAGGGUAUUUAAAGGGUUUGUGCCAGAUACAGUAUUAGGAGGGUAUUUGAAGGGUUUGGGGCAGAUACAGUAUUAGGAGGGUAUUUAAAGGGUUUGGGGCAGAUCCAGUAUUAGGAGGGUAUUUAAAGGGUUUGGGGCAGAUCCAGUAUUAGGAGGGUAUUUAAAGGGUUUGGGCCAGAUACAGUAUUAGGAGGGUAUUUGAAGGGUUUGGGGCAGAUACAGUAUUAGGAGGGUAUUUAAAGGGUUUGGGGCAAAUACAGUAUAAGAUAAUAGGCUUCACCCAAACUAUUUUUUAAGAUACGCUUUCCCUUUCCUUGAGAUUCCUGCUCCCUCCCUCCCCUCCAUUCCUCCCAUCCCUCCCAACCCCCUCCCUGCCUCCACCCUUCCCGUCCCAUCCACGACUUCUACUCAGUCUGUUCUCAGCUGAAAUCUGUUCAUGAUUUCUCUCUCUGUCUUUACUCUGCGCUCUAAGUGGGAGCAGGCCUGCGUCUCUCUCUAGCAGGGCCUGGGGCAGGCAGCGUUCCAUGAUUUCUCUCUGUCUUUACUCUGCGCUCUAAGUGGGAGCAGGCCUGCGUCUCUCUCUAGCAGGGCCUGGGGCAGGCAGCGUUGCAUGAUUUCUCUCUGUCUUUACUCUGCGCUCUAAGUGGGAGCAGGCCUGCAUCUCUCUCUAGCAGGGCCCGAGGCAGGCAGCGUUCCAUGCCGUCACGCACUCCAGACGCUCCAGCUUAACUGCGGUCUGGAGCACACAGGCAUGGGGGUGCGGAAUGCACAUGCACUCAGAGGGGGAUGGAGAUGCGGGGGGGUGGGGGUAGUGAACAGGGCAAGGAUCCCAAAUAGCACCCAAUACCCUAUAUAAUGACCAGAGCCCUAUGGGUCCCAUUUGCCAUUUAGGGUGCCAUUUGGGAUGCAGAGCAGAGGCUCUCUGCUGCUCCACUCAUCAGGGGCCUCCCUCCAUCUUUAGUCAGUCACAGGGCCUCAUCAGGGGCCUCCCUCAAUCUUUAGUCAGUCACAGGGCCUCAUCAGGGGCCUCCCUCAAUCUUUAGUCAGUCACAGGGCCUGAUCAGGGGCCUCCCUCAAUCUUUAGUCAGUCACAGGGCCUCAUCAGGGCCCUCCCUCCAUCUUUCCCAGUCAUGUGAAAUCCAUAGAUGAGGGCCUAAUGAAUUUAUUUCAAUUGACCGAUUUCCUUAUGAACUGUACCUCAUUAAAAUAUUUUAAAAUGGUUUUGUUUAUAUUUCUGUUCAGUAUACAUAUUUAAAAUCAGUAACAGGUAACAGGGCCUCUAAUGAAAGCAGUCAAUCCCCUUUACUGGAGGCACUGACUGGCUGGCUGUGUGUCUAUGUACUAAAUGGCACCCUAUUCCCCAUAUAGUCCUUAUGAGGCCUGGUCAAAAGUAGUGCACUAAAUAGGGAAUAAGGUGCCAUUGGGGACGAAGACAGCCUGUCCCUCCAUAUGCAUCCUGUGUUGAAGGGGUGAGUACAUAAACAGGGUAAACUGGGAUUGGAUGGUAUGCAGUGCACUACGGAGUAUCUAAUCAUGUAUUGGAGGUAGUUUAUUUGAUUCUGGGUGGGUGACUGUCAAACUAACACCCAAGUAAAUGCCCUAGAAAUGUUUACUGUGCAAGGCAAAAAUGGAAUGCACAUUAAAAAAAAAAGAAGUUUAUUUUACCUUUUUAAAUGUUUGUACACUCAGUAUGACAAUGUGCUUACACAGUACUUACAGCAGAGUUGGGUGAAACUCCUUUUUGUACAGAAAAUAAAAAUCUGUCUCAAAACAAACAAAACAGAAAGAUGCUGCAACCCCCACCACCAAAAUAAACAAAUUCAAACAAGAGGCCGUGAGAGUGGGUGGAAUCCUGGCUUUAGCUGACGGAGGAAGAGGGCAGGGGGUGUGGAGUUGAGCUGCUGGAGCAGACAGGGGAACUCACGCGCCCCUAGUCCCCCCCCCGCGCCCCUAGUCCCCCCCCCCCCCCCCCUUUCAUCCACCUGUGUUUGGUAUAAUUACACCUGGCUAUUUACAGGUUAUAUCAUGGACCAAUAGUCCGUCAUUUUACAAAGACUUUGCUUACUUAAACAUUCUCAAUAUAUUCACAUACAAAGCAAUAUAAUACAUGUGUGUUUGAACAUGGUUUUAAUGCAAUUUAAAUGGUGGUGUGAGAGUUACCUAAAUGAUUAACGACCCCAAGCCUAUGAACCUGUAACCCCGAUGACAGGACACAAACCUUGUUACCCCGGAGACUAACGAGUAAAACAGCUUGUGUAGCAACAGGACGAGAGCACAGACGCCUCUGUGAUGCCUGUCCAAAGGAAUUAUAAUAGUAAAAAAAGACAAGGUGAAAUAGACUUAAAAUCACAACGCUACAACCCUUUGUGGAGGGGGGAGGGGGUAUUUGGAACAGAGUGAGGUACACUGACUGACACAUAAGCAUCAUGUGUGUCUGAUGACAGCAUCCAGAUCCUGUUCACUUCAUAGUACAAGUUAAUAAAAUACAUAAAAACAUUGAUCAGUAACCCCCCCCUCCCCCGUUCCUUCUUCACCACUAAGUCCUUUUGAAGGCCCCGUCUGUCUGUCCAACCCACUACUUGAUACAUUCAGACCAGUAGGUGGACAGUAGAGUACAAGCUCCAUAAUAAAAGUUAAUUCUUCAAUCUUUUUUUUUACUCUGGGAGGGAGCAUUGGAACAUGGACUCCGUCCUUAAUGGCACACUAUUCCCAACAUAGAGCUCUCGUAAAAAGUAGUGCGCUAUGGGAUUCCCCUAUUGGCCCUGGUCAAAAGUAGUGCUCUAUAUAGGGAAUAUGGUGCCAUUUGGUAAGCAGCCAUGGAGGAAUUCGUAUAAAGACACCAGUCAGCAUGACAGAACCGAACCCAGCCUCCAUCAGAACCGAAACCAGCCUCCAUCAGAACCGAAACCAGCCUCCAUCAGAACCGAACCCAGCCUCCAUCAAGCAUUCAUAUAACAACAGAGGCUCCGGAGUCUUGUGGUCUGAAGGCAGGGAGGGCUUGGGGAGUAGAAAGCUUGGACUAUCACAGCCCAGCUAAAAGCAGCACCAGAUACCCUAGUCAAGGUCAAUGGCUGGCUGGGGGGGGGAGAUGAUGGGCAGCCGGGCGCACCAGAGGAAAGCCAGUCAGUCAUAUGGAUAAACAGAUUCUUUAGUCUUUCUUUACAUUGAUCCAUUUUGACCAGUUAAUUCCCACUGCUGGACUUCAUUACAGCAACAUCCCAACAUUGAAAAAACAUUGAAGAGCAAUUUAAAAUCAUGGUUUUUCAGCCAGGGGAGGAAGAGUUCUAGAGAGAAUAUAUAGCUGAAAAGAUGUUGAGAACAUUGUUAGUUAGGUAACAAAGUUGAACUGGAAAAAUGCAGAAAGCAAAACACGGUAGUGAGAAUAUAGUCAAUGUAGCACCCCUCUCUGGGUCUGACUCCCAAAUGGCACCCUAUUCCCUAUAAAGUGCAUAUAUAGGGAAUAGGGUGCCAGUUGAGAUGCAGCCUAGGUGUCGCACACUUCUCUGUGGACACUUCACCUGGAGCCUCUGCCCCUUGUGAGACGCCUCCCUCAGCAUCAUCAUGAUUCUAGUCCCCGCCCCUAGUUCCCGGGUCAAGCCUUCAAGGCAUCAGUUUAAGACCGUCUUUGUUAAUUUAAAUAUGUCCUCCACAUAAAUGUGUGUGUGGAGCGAUCCCACUUCCAUAAUCAAACACUGUUCAGUUUCACUGCUUGACUUGACUCCUACUUGGAGUGAGAAGAGUAAAAAGCUCAUCUGUGUUCGGGUUUGAGUGUAGACUAAUCAUAGUUUCAAGUCUUGAUCCCGGUUCUGUUCCUCCAGUCAGACACUUAGUCCAGCUCAGUGUCCUCUUUGGGCCGGUAGAUGCUGCCAAACUUCUGCAUGUAUUUCUUGAUGUACUCCUUGGUCUUGUGCUUGACGUUCUCGUUGCACUCCAGGUCCUCUGGGUUCUUGCAGGAUUUCAGCUCCUUGUUCAUCACACCG